GGGAACUGGGUCAUGUGAAAAUGAGUGUGGCGAUUCCUCUCUUGGGCCUGGCACAUAUUUGAAGGCAGAGACAUAUCGAGAAAUGGAACCUAUACGGACAUAACCUGAAGCUAGCAAGGAAGAAGAUCAGCCAGAGGCAGGAGGAGGACCCCAGGGCAGGAGGGAGAGCAGCUGUGCAUUCUGGGGGAUUUGAUCCCACACUUUCUGAAACAAGAGGGAGGCGAUGUCAAGCACAGCCAUGAAGAAAAAGGUCCUUCUGAUGGGAAAGAGUGGUUCGGGCAAGACCAGCAUGCGCUCAAUCAUCUUCGCCAACUACAUUGCCAGAGACACUCGCAGACUGGGCGCUACAAUUGAUGUGGAACAUUCUCAUGUCCGAUUCCUGGGCAACCUGGUGCUGAACCUGUGGGAUUGUGGAGGACAGGACACGUUCAUGGAGAACUACUUCACCAGCCAGCGUGACAACAUCUUCCGCAACGUGGAGGUGCUGAUCUAUGUGUUUGAUGUGGAGAGCCGUGAGCUUGAGAAAGACAUGCAUUACUACCAGUCCUGCCUGGAGGCCAUCCUGCAGAACUCCCCUGACGCCAAAGUGUUCUGCUUGGUGCACAAGAUGGACCUGGUGCAGGAGGACCAGAGAGACCUGAUCUUCAAGGAGCGCGAGGAAGACUUGAAGAGACUCUCUCGCCCAUUGUCUUGCACAUGCUUCAGGACAUCCAUUUGGGAUGAGACACUGUACAAGGCCUGGUCCAGCAUAGUCUACCAGCUCAUUCCCAACGUACAGCAGCUCGAGUCCAACCUGCGCAACUUUGCCCAAAUCAUCGAGGCAGACGAGGUGCUGCUGUUUGAGAGGGCCACUUUCUUGGUGAUCUCGCACUAUCAGUGCAAGGAGCAGCGUGACGCACACCGGUUCGAGAAGAUCAGCAACAUCAUCAAACAGUUCAAGCUGAGCUGCAGUAAGCUGGCAGCCUCCUUCCAGAGCAUGGAGGUACGCAACUCGAAUUUUGCUGCCUUCAUUGACGUCUUCACCUCCAACACCUACGUCAUGGUGAUCAUGUCUGACCCAUCCAUACCAUCUGCAGCUACGCUCAUCAACAUCCGCAAUGCCAGGAAGCAUUUUGAGAAGUUGGAGCGCGUGGAUGGGCCCAAGAAUAGCCUGCACAUGCGCAUGCGCUAGUCACGAGGACUGCUGAACUCUCGCCCUCCCCCAACUUGUUCCUCGAGAAUCUCUGCAGCCUCGGCGGGGGGGGGGGGGGGGGCAGGGAGUACUGGGCCCGUCUCCCAACACUCAAUCAGUCACAAGUGUCUGGCUUCUACAGCCCGCCGCCUUGCUUAGGAGAUGAGAGCUUCAGAGUGUGUGAAACAGCCAUGUGCCACUGUCUCACUCAAUCAUACUGUGUUUUCUACUGUAGUACUAAAGGAAGUUGUUCUAACCUCCUGUUUCAUAGGCUGGGGCUGAAGUGUGCGCAGGCAGUGGGUGGUGUUGGAGGAUGGGGCUCUGAGAUUUACUCUAUUUCUACCUGUAUAUGUGGGCUUUAUGACUUUUCUUGUGCGCUGUCACGGUACACUGUGCACAUUGGGAGGGGCGAAGCAAACCAGAGCAAGUUAAAAAAAUUUUAAACACAAGAAUGUCACCUGAUCUUUUUCUGUAACUACUGCAAAUACCUUUAACCUGUCUGAAGAGUGUAAUUACAGAAGGUGAUCACUUAAUUUUUAGCACAUCUCUUCAUCAUUUGAAAUUAUAGCAGUGCAUAAAUUGGGCCCUACAAAUUUCAUUACAUCGAGGCAGGUGGUGUCUGCCAUACCAGAUUGACUUUUAAGUACCUUGCACAGUGUAGUGAAACUAGUUUUAUGGAAACAUGUACAACUGGGCUUGUACUCCAAAUAUUUGUUGGUCUUAAAAUCAGAUUCUUAGAAUGAGAUUUAAAAAUGGGUAAAAUAAGUGCGCUUUUGUUCUUUGUUUCGGGAUAUGUGUCAAAGAAGCACACAACCCUCUUUCUGCAAACUGUAGCAGUAUUGUCACGGCAAACACACUGAAGAUAGAUAUUUCACUUGCUUUUUUCAUAAAAGAUUUCUUACUGUGGUAGAGAUGGGACACAGUUCUGCUGUGAAGAUGGAGAGCUGUCAGCAGGCAGGGCUGCUGACCAAGUAGUCGGGGGGGGGUCCCCAGCCCCACUUUGUAGGAGCUGUGUGAUCCCAGUCAGCCACUGAAUGUUCCUGACCUUGUGCAACUGUUGAUCUUGGAUUGCCAAAUAAAA